UAGUUCAUUACACAUGUUAAUUUCUAUUUCCGCAGCAAAGGGAACCAAUGCCAAGUACAUCCUUGGCAGGUUUGCCAGCUUCAUGCUUGGCCGCACUGACCAUGGACCCACGCCUGUCAAAGUGUUUUGUCAGGUUGAAUAGACUUUCAAUUGAUGACAACGGGCAUUGCACGGCAGCCCCCACAAGCCGCACGCUGACACCGCCAAAGCCACCGCCACUAGCCCUAACGUGUCUAAAGCCCUCACAAGCCAAGCCGCUGACAUGGAGCAAAAGUCACAGGUCGGUGCUUAUGCCACACAGCAGGAGCAACAGUGGCAACUGCUUGAAGAGGAGGAGCCGAGACAGGAGAUGGAGGAAGCGAUGAAAGAACUGGACAACCUCGUCGCAGAGACGAGAGAGUCGCUGGAGGUGGAGAGCGACGAUGAUAUGGUUCCUCCAACAGACAGGGAGGAGCCGUUAUCGUUGAUAAGCCCUCUCAUAGGCUUUAGAAUAAAGCCAAAGACAUACAUUUCCCAACAAGACGCCCGGGAAAUGGAGGAAGUGUAUCGCGUCCACAUACAGUGGGCGAUACAGAAUUAUAAAACGGUCACUAAAGAAAUGAUCGUAGAGAACCGUAAGGGCCGCUGGCCGCACCUUUCGGAAAGUCAGAUCCAAGAGAAAAACAGGGAAAAGAUCUUGCUACAUACGCAGACUGAACUGAAGCUGAAAAUUGACAGUUACAACAGUAUAUUUGAGGAUGAUAUGGAGGAGGAACAGACACCAGUAUCCAAACAGGAAGAUAAACAUGCAAAGCAGGCCCUAUCAACCAAGAAGGAAGAUGAUGAACAUAAGCAGGCAAAGCCGUGCAAGAGGAAGCUGUACGAGGACAAGGGAAAUAAAUGA